CCAGCAUGUCUCCUGGUGCUCCUGCUGGGAUUAACAUGCAGAGCACAGAACUCACUGGGACUCACAAACAAACUUGAAAGGAACUGAGAGAGAGACGUGGGGGGAGUCCUGGAGUGAAAAUCAAUGCAGCAAGACGGAGAUGUUGCAAGCCAAAAAGAGUGAAACAGAAGGUUGGGAGGCCGGCAGAUGGGUGAGGGGGUGUACAGAGGGAGGGACUUCAGUGGCAAGAAAAAAGGGAAGGUGACGGUAAAGAAUGCAUUAGACUGAGAGGAAAUAAACCAGAAGCCUGCUGGAGAGAAGAUCUCAUUCAAGACUUGAGCAGAAACCAUUCAGACUGCUUUCAAACAGACUCAAGAUGUUUCUGGUGUCACCCGUCAUGUCUCUCCUCCUCCUCUGUGUGAUGGAGUCUGUCUGCACCCCAUCUGUCAGUCCGUCACUGCAUCAGCCUCCUCUCACACGUGUUCGCAUUAUCGAAGUCGAGGACGACUAUGAUGAAGAAAUUUCAAAGACGACGCAGUCGCCCCAGUCGCCAGGGGUCACGACCUCUCAUGUGAUCCGUCGACCUUGUGAUUACGACCCCUGUGCAGUCCAGUUGACCCCUUGCGAAAAGGUUUCAGCCCAGAUGGGCUGCCUCUGUCCUGGGUUGACGGGGCCGGAGAAGAGACCCAAGGCUCCUAAGCUCCAGGAGGUGAAGCUGGACAGAUCCGGCGAAGUGUUUGUGCAUUGGUGUGCUCCUCGCUCCACCGUCACCUAUUAUGAAGUCACACUGAAAGAUGCAAACAAGCAGCUGGUUUUUGGAGAAUAUUUAAGAAAUGGUGCCGUACCCGGGCUGAAAGUGGGGGAGACGGUGUGUGUGGCGGCCGGGAAUGCAGUGGGACUCAGUGAGACGUCGUGUGCACGAUAUGAGCAACCGCAACCUGACCAGGUGGCUCUGAGCACAGGGAUCAUUGCAGGGAGCGUCGGCUUCCUGCUGCUGCUUUCAGCGCUCGCCGUUAUACUGUGGAGACGAAGGACGUGUCGAAAAGGCAGGAUGGGAGACGCCGAGGGCCUCGGAAAUCCUUCAUACACCAGUGAUGGAGCACAUUGAUGGUAAAAACAAAUGCAUGGAGAAUGAAACAAGCUGCAAAGUGACUGAGUUUUGAACAAGUGCGCUAUUGGUCAAAAGACUGAAAUAAUAAAGAUUUUUUCAAUGUUUUGGAAAAAAGUAUCUUCUGCUCACCAAGGCUGCAUUUGUUUGAUCUAAAAUGCAGCAAAAAAUAAAAAUAAAAAAAACAUUACAAUUUUAAAUAAUUUUCUAUUUAAAUAUAUUGUAAAAUGUCAUUUAUUCCGUUGGUGAAAAGCCACAUUUUCAUCAUCAUUACUUUAGUCUUCAGUGUCACAUGAUCCUUCAGAAAUCAUAAUAAUAUGCUGAUUUGCUGCUCAAGAAACAUUUCUGAUUAUCAUCAAUGUUGAAACCAGUUGUGCUGCUUCAUAUUUGUGUGGAAACCAUGAUAAAUUUGAUUUUUUUUAGAAUUCU